GGGCCGGGGGGAGCCGCGAGGCCGGGAGCGGGGUAGGCUGCGCCCGUACUUAAGCGGGCUGCCCGAGCCGCUGACGUCUUUCGAAUUGGAGAGGGGGCUGCCCCCCUCCCGCCGCGGGCUCCCGCGGAGCGAGCCAGGGUCCGACUGCCUAUAAUGUCCAGGCACGCACAACAGCUUAGAGACCAUGACAGAAAUCCUUGCAUAGCGGAAACAGAUGCCUCUAGAAAAUGUAUGGAUGACAACAACUAUAAAAAGGAUAUGUGUACUGAUUAUUUUCUGAAGUACAAAAACUGCAGAAAAUUCUGGCAUGACAUAAUGAUGCAGAGGAAAAGAAACGGUGUGAAACCAGAGAUGCCCCCAGCAGAAGAGAGAAGGAAAAUCUUGGAAUCAAUAGAGAAGCCAUACUGACUACAAACUUGCACUGUUUUACUGUUCUCACUGUACAUCUGGAGACCGGUCAGCAGCAAGUUGGCCUGUUAUAAACUGGACAUCACUGUUGCCAUUUCUUGGAUUAAAAUCCGCUCCUAAAUUUUGAAAUGUG